AUGGGUGUUCAGCUUGGAACUUCUGAACAUCCUCGAAAGUAUGCCAUCCGAAUGCAUGAAGCGCAUGCAGAAGAGUCCACUCGAAACCGCGUCUCCUGUGAGGAGAUGCAGAAGGACACCCAGCCUCCAGCCAUUGAGUCCAUCAAUGAAGAUGUCUGCGCGCCACUUGAUAUUCUGUCACGUCGCAUCUUCGACCGCACUCGGGUUCACAAUUACAGAGGGAGGUUUGAUCCUCGCGUCCACACUCUCGAGCACUCACUUGGGCAAUUUUAUUGGUCUUAUAUCGGAGCAAUGAAGCACGAAGUCUACACUCACCCGAAUUGGGAGUUUGAAUGCGCCCAACUUCGUCAAGUUUCCACAAAGUACUGGUGUGCAUGGGACACCUUAACGGAUGAGAUGAAGAAGCAGUACAAAGCCAAUGAGCGUGCUGUAUUGUUUGAGAUUCUUCAGAUUGCUGCGGUCGUCGUGAGUACCACGAACGCAACAACGUCGCCAUUCAUGGCCGCCGCACUUGGAAUGCAUAUCGUGGGCAUUCUUCUUGAUGAAGCAGCAGCCGAGUGCGAUGAUAACACCUUUCCGGUACUCGCAAUUCGUUAUACCGAAAACCAGUUUGUUAUCAUGGUGGGUGACAGUCAUCAAUUGUCACCAAAGAUCUCCACACCCAACCAGGAAUCUUCAUUUAAGCGAGAAUUGACGACGCCGCUGUUCACUCGUCUCAUCAAGGUCGGCUUCUCGGUAGGUGAGAUCUACAAGCAAUCACGCAUAGUCCCAGACAUUGUCAAUUGGUUAGCGAGAUGGCCUACAAUUCGAAGUUCGCCUCCACGCCGGAAGCUGCGUAUGAAACCCGCAAACCCGCGAUACAAUUUCGCAAAACUAUCCAGGGUUGUUAUACGAUCGAGAAGGCCAGCAGCGUCUAUUUCCUCGACCAUCCUAAGGGUGGAUGGAAUUACACGGGAGUCACAGUACUGGAUCGAAGUACAAUCGAUUUACACGAUGACGACCAGCAGGAUGAUCCAAGAAUUGCUAAAGAUCAAGAGUUAG